CCAAAUAGCCCCGCAGCAAAACACACCCCCACUAGCAUCAUCAAACACGCACACACCCAGGUCGAUCGACGCAGCCAAGAACUCGACCCCGAUGGCGUCGCUCACCAUGAUGGCGUCCCUCUCCGCGGCCGUGGCGGUCGACCGGCGCGUGCAGCAGCAGCAGGCGGCCGCCACCCCACGCCGCGGCCUCGUCGUGGCCAGGGCCACCAAGGUCGACGGCCAGGAGCCGUCCGCCAAGCUGGCGGUGGAGUCCAGCACCGACGGGCGCCGCGCGGUGGUGUUCGCCGCCGCCGCCGCGGCCGUGUCGGCCUUUGGCAGGGUGGCGUUCGCCGAGUCGGACGUGAAGAAGGGGAGCCCCGAGGCCAAGAAGAAGUACGCCACCGUCUGCGUCACCAUGCCCACCGCCAAGGUCUGCCACAACUGAGGGCCUGCGCGCCGGCCGCCGGGCCUGGGGGAUGACGAUGCGUGUGCCGUGUGGGUGGUAAAUAUUAAUUGUACUACGGUUUUUAUCUCUUGUCAAAGUUCGAGCUUAGAUGCAUAAGGCCGCGCGAGCGCGCUCGUUUGGACGUCGCCAUGGACGGCCUCGAAGCAUUGUUGUAUUAUCCAUUGCAAAUUCUGGGGUGAAACCGGCCUUGUUUAAUCA